AUGCCAUUCGAAGGAAGUCUCACUUCACCUGCCCCCCAACCCUCCCCCUCCCCCUCCCCCUCCUCCUCCUCAUCCGUCUCAUCCUCCUCCUCAUCCUCCCCAUCCCCCAUCAAGCAGCCCAGAAGAAAAAGGAGAAGGCUGCAGGGCCCAGACGCGGACCCAGAAACAGCACUCGAGGGCGUCGAAACAGAGGAAGAAGAGCCCGCUUCCUCCCCCGACGAGGAGCUCCGAGCGGCCCUCAUCCGCACCGAGGUCGACAUCCCCGAGCUGAUUAGAUCGAGCAGGCUGGCCACUGCGAUCAGGCAGCCUCGCACGCAGCUAGCUACCAACCUGUCUCCGCUGUACAAGCUCGACGAUAUCUACCAAGAUAUCACCUCCAAGGCGCUGGUUCUGGGCCUCGGUGCUGUCUUGAAGCAUCUGGGCGGUAGGGCGUUGCGGGUGGCCACUAUGUGUUCUGGCACGGAGAGUCCGUUGUUGGCUAUGGAGCUCGUUCAGCAGAAUCUCAGAAAGCACUUCGACACGACCUUCAACUUCCGCCACUUGUUCAGUGCCGAGAUCGUGCCAUUCAAGCAGGCGUACAUCGAACGCAACUUUCACCCCAAGGUCAUGUUUCGCGAUGUGACCGAGUUGAGGGAUCGAGUGGCACAAACGGUGUACGGGUCUUUAGAAAAAAUCCCCAAGAACGCAGAUCUCCUCAUUGCUGGAUUCGCGUGCGUGGACUUCUCAAACCUGAACAACAACCGCAAGACCCUGGACCAGAACGGUGAGUCUGGGGGUACGUUUUGGGGCAUCAUCCGCUAUGCUCGCGCCUAUCGGCCGCGGAUGGUCAUCCUAGAGAACGUCCGCAGCGCGCCCUGGGAUGCCAUCAAGGAGCACUGGAAUGAGAUCAACUACUAUAGUGUCUAUUUGGGUGUAGACACCAAAUCGUACUAUCUUCCGCAGACCCGCGAGCGGGGAUAUCUUUUCUGCGUUGAUAGAGAGCUCAUGAAGAAGGGCAACUUUUCAGAGGGACAUAUGCUGAGAUGGUCGGCUGUCUUUGAAGGGUUCCAGCGUCCUGCAAGCUCCCCUGCUGGGAUGUUCCUCAUUGAUGCGGAUGAUAGACGCCUGGGCCAGAUCGAACAAGACGUCAUUGGGAAAACUUCGUGCAAUCCUCGCGAAUGGUCGAGGUACCAGAUCAGACACCAAAGCUACCGCAACGAUCAGAAGCUUGGCGAUGAACGUCCGGUCAGCAAGUCGAAAGACCAAGGUAUUUGUCAGAUGCCUGAUUUCUACUGGCAUGGUUGGGCGAGGUCGUUGCCGGAGCGUGUUUGGGAAACUCUGGAUAUCAAUUAUCUUCGCAAGCUUGCUGAGUUGGAAGGAUAUGACAUGAACUACAAGGAACGGUAUCUUGAGCUCUCACAGGGUGUAGACAGAGACGGAGACUGCCGUGCUUUUGGAAUCGUUGGCUGCAUCACCCCCAGUGGCAUUCCGUACGUCACAACUCGCGGGGGACCCAUCUGCGGUCUUGAGGCACUUGCAUUGCAAGGAUUGCCCCUGGACAGGCUUUCGCUGUCGCGAGAGUCCAAGAGAGACCUGCAUGGUUUGGCUGGGAACGCGAUGAGCUCGACUGUCGUUGGAUGCGCGAUCUUAGCGGCCUUGAUCGUCGGCCAUGGUGUUCUCAAGAAAGGCGAGGCGGUGCCCACUCCAGAGCACACCAUCCACAGGGACAAAGACCUUUCUCCUAGAGCUGAAUACAGCCAGGUACCAUGCUUUGUACCGGUCAACCCUGAUGGAAAGAUGGUAUCCCCCAGCUUAUUGGCACAGAGUGCGACAAGUGCUCGUUAUUGCAUGUGCGAAAGACAGUUCGCUACACGUCAGGCAAUCUUGAGAUGCACCUUGUGCGGACACACAUCAUGUGCAGACUGUGCAGGAAAUCCAUCGCAUGCCUAUGAGCGCUGCCCUGGCUUAGAGCGAAGCUCCCCGCUGGAUUUUGCCGGUAGACUCAUGAGGACCCUGCCCAUGAGAUUGGUGGUGUACGGUAUUUCCGUUGAAGCAUACUCCUGCUUCGAGCAAGAAAAUCCCUCGAUAGCCAGUAGAGACUGGGGAGAGUUUAUGGAGGCAGUCCUCAAAACUGUCGGAGAUGAGCUUCGCUUUUCUAAUUCCAAACGAAGCGAGCUCUGGACAGUCUCAUACGAAGGCCAACACUCGACACUCGAACUUUUGAUCGGCAGCACUGGUUUGGAGUGGCUUCUGUUUGCCAUGGCCCCCAGUUCCGAGCCUAGCUUGUCUUUCCUGCGCGAAGUCCUCCUUCAUCCCAUUGCUCGGAUGACCCCCAAGCCCGGAACGCUCUUAGAGGGAGAUUGGGAGAUAUGCAGCCCUAUCAGUUCGGUGCCUUCGACGGAGGCCAGAUGUGGACUGAAAAAAGACGAAUUUGCCAAUUCCGUCGUUUGGAAUGUCAAAAAUCUCGAUGUUGAUAUCCGAGGCCUCUACAAACUGUUGCCGGAUUGCGGGACCGCCAAUGGAUGUUUGCACAAAAGGGAAGCGUCAGGAAGCAUGCCCGCCGUGUAUCUUUUUCUGGACCCAACUAAGCUUGGAAUCGCGCGUCACGAUACCUUUGUCUUCUCUUUGGAACAUCGCCGUAACGCAGGUUAUUCCAAACGGCACACUCUGGCGGAGGUAUCGCACAAAUGGCGAUCGAGAGAUCUGCAGGACGACCCACAGACAGCCAAUGUCUUCUAUCGCAGAUGGUAUAAGGCGCCAGCAGUUGCUCUGCACAUUUAUGCCCCCGAUGCCCCCAUUGACUGUUAUCACCUGAAGCCGUGGACCGUCAUCUCUGUUGAAAACGCUGGCUGCAUUGAUGCGAAUAUCACGUUGGUAUCUGUCACGGCACCGGCCGCGGCACUCGAAUCACUAUGGAGCAAAGGCCCUUGGGAAGUGGCCGACCCUAUGUCCUCGCCAUCGCUGAUGCGAGAAUUUUCUUGGUUACUCCAGAAGGUAUCCGGGAUUUCGAUAUUCCAGACCUGGAAUGCUGUCGUGCACGAAAACCAGCAUAAAGGGGGUCCUGAACCAUGUCCUUCCUGCGUACCGCCAAAGCCUCAAAUGAUAUGGGGCCGCGAUGGAGCCGGGAAGGUGAAGGCUUACGAGGAUUUCCACGGCGCGGCCGUGUACGAACGACGUAUGAAAUUGAGGCCCCCAGCUUUUUUGAUUUUCCACUGCGUCGAUGAUGAAAACGUUGGGCAUUUCCAUAUCACACUCAACGUGCAGACACUUUUGCACCAGGCGUAUGUCAGGCUUCUUGGGCACAAUGUCGUGGAGGACGUCUCUUUCCAUUGGCGCCUUGUCCCCAACUAUCUCGAUGCACGAGAAUUCGCAUUCCCAAAGUUUGUUUUGGCGAACAACCGAGCCGACGCUGAAACGAGCCAGCCUCCGGAAUUCCGGUUUAGUCUUCGCCCUGAACAGCUCCGUUCCUUGGGGUGGAUGAUAAAGCAAGAGGGUGAGAACGUGGAGCCUUUCAUCGAACAGGAGAUUGAGGAGUCGUUCAUACCAUCUCUGAUGUGGCGUGCAGAGGGCAGAGUCACUACCCCCAAAGUGGUCCGCGGAGGCGUGCUGGCGGACGAAGUCGGCUACGGGAAAACUGCGAUCAUACUUGGAUUGAUCGACGCCCAGCAUAAUGGAAGUCCGCCGCACAUGUCGGAGACAGUUCCAGAACACAUUCCCACCACAGCCACCCUCAUCGUGGCGCCGCAAUUGAUGCUGCAGCAGUGGAAAUCAGAGAUCCAUAAAUUUCUUGGGAACAGGUACCGUGUCCUGGUCAUUCAUUCAAGCUUGGCUCUUUCGAAGCAGACUGUGGGCGACUUUCAACAGGCCGACAUUAUCCUGGUUUCUUGGUCCAUCUUGAAUAGCAGUCUGUAUUUUCGAAGACUCCAACGGUUUACCGGAGUGCCCAAGAUCCCCAAUGGACCAGGCCGGAGAUUCGACGAUUGGUUCCAAGGAGCGAGAGAUGCCCUCAAGGGACAGGUCAAAAUACUGACGGAUCAUGGCACGGCUGCUCUGUUAGAUUCCAUACGGCUUCGAUGGAAACGCAUGGAGGAAAGCGAGGAGAGAUACACUUAUAUCCCCUCCCAGAGACUGAGGGGGCAGCGAUAUGCCGACGCCAAUAGAGACAAGAACACAGAGGAGGAGUCGGAUUAUGCCGAUAUCUCCAGUGCCGACGAUUCUUCGGACGCAAGUGAUGACGAGAAUCCGGACAAGCUACGGGCCAAUAUAGACCGGUGCAUCAGACUCAGAUCUCGCACCCACGUCCACUCCGACAACCACAUCGAUGAAGACGCAGAAUCAAGUACUGAAUCUGCUGAUGACAUCGCCAAAGAUUUCCUGAGUAAGGAAAACGACUUGGCUCCCGACUUGCUCAAAAUUCCUCUUUUCCACGCAUUUGCGUUCGACCGUCUUGUCAUUGACGAGUUCACUUAUGUCAACACAAGCCAGCUUGUCUCCCUCCAGACCAUACAGGCGAGGUCGAAGUGGGCACUGUCUGGGACGCCCCCACUCAAUGAUGCCCCCGACGUCAACACCACAGCUUCCUUGCUGGGUGUGCAUCUUGGGGCUGACGACGAUGACGAGAGAUCCGAGAACACCCGGGUCAAGACGAUCAGAAAACAGCGGUCCGAUGCUGAAGCGUUCGAAUCCUUCCGAACUCCUCGCACUGAAGCAUGGCAUCGAAGCCGCCAUGAGCUUGCUCAGAGAUUUCUGGAUCGUUUCAUGCGGAAGAAUAUCGCAGAGAUCGACGAGAUCCCCUUCGUCGAGCACAUCGUUCUAGCCCCCCAGUCUCUCGCCGAACGGACCGUCUACCUCGAACUGUACAGUCAGAUCAUGGCAUGCAGCGGCCAGCUUCGCAAAACCGGUAGAGCUGCUUACGGGAGUGACCAGGCCUGGCGUGUGGACGAGAUGAUCAACAGUAGCGAGACGCCUGAAGAGGCACUGCUCAAGCAGUGCACGUCUCUUGCAUUCCAGAGUCAGUCGGAUGAUGAACUUGUCGAGGGUGUCACCUGCGAGCGGCUUAUUCAAACCCGCGAAUCGCAUCUCCACGACUUGCAAAAAGAGCUACGUGACAUAGUCCAAAAGAUGCGCCCACUUUUGACCGUCUUCAAGCCGAAACCUAAGCCAGUCCCCGAACUUACAGCACUCAUCUUGGAUCGCGACUUUGGCGACGUGCGCGUGGCCAAUGAGGCCUACAGUUUGAUACAAAGUGCAAUCGUGAGCGCGCCCUCCCCAGAGAAACAUGACAACUCUGUAGCAUCGCCGGACUCCGUUGCAACAGAGUCACAAGCCGACUUUCUGGAAAGCGAGCCCCCCAUGGAAAACGAAACAGAUGGGUGCCCUGAACCACCGGCGUCGCAAAUUCCGACGACUAACGAAGACAAAAAGUUGGGUGACACCAUGGAGACCAUACGAAAUCUGGUGGUGGAGUGGGUUCUGCAAAAAAGGGCCCUUCGGUUCCUUUAUAUCGCACGUAUGAUCCAGGACGGGCGAGAAGACCUCCAUUGCCGCGGCUGUGAGACGCAACCCCAGUCUGUCGCGCAACUAGAUAUUCUAGGGUCAUGCGGCCACCUCCUUUGCCCCCACUGCAUGGCCAUGGUGGCCCGCGAGGAAGAGUGUGCAGUCAAAGGAUGCCGGGGCUCUGGAAGAAGACACAAUGUCGUAAAGGCAUUGUCCCUGAGAGAAAUCGCCAUGAAUCAAAGUCCCCUGUCCAGCAGCAGCAAACUGGAUCGACUCGUGCAGAUCGUCCAGAGUAUUCCUGCGAGAGAAUAUACCCUGCUUUUCAUCCAAUUCUCCGAGCUCAUGGACGUGGCAUCUCGAACGCUGGACUCGGCCGGGAUCCCGCACUUCGUCAUAUAUCCCACCGACCGCGUGUCGACGAAGAAAGUGCAGCAACUGCAGAAGUUUGGUUCCGGCGAUGAGAGGGUUUUGAUCCUGAGUUUAGAUAAUGAGAUGGCUGCUGGGUUAAACCUCCAAUGUGCCAACCACGUCGUCUUUCUCUCGCCCAUGUUGGCACAGACCCAGUAUGACUAUGACUCGGCCAUGACCCAAGCCAUAGGCCGCAGCCGCCGCUACGGACAGAGUAAAACCGUGCACAUCUACCACCUGCUUGCCAAGGGGACCGUCGAUGUCAGUAUCUUCCAACGUCGGCGGGAGAAGGUCCUCUUGGACAAGGAUGGUGAAGCUGUCUUGGUCUCGCAGGAGGAGGCGAUGGGGUGUGAGGCGAUGCGUUGCGAAGGACCAUCGUUGGAGGCAGACGAUCUCAUUUGA